CCCUGCAACACAUGUGACACCAACCUAUCGCAAUUGUACGGAGAACAGGCAGGAUUCCCCUGCUGUUUGGUUAUUAACAUUGUGAGUGGCCAACGAGCUACAGUAGUACGCAACGCACACGAGUUCUCCCAUGGCGACGGUGACUCGAAGACGGCGACGAGGCUCGGUAGCAAUCCUUGCCGGUGUGUGGCUCUCUUGUCGUGCGGCAACCGGGUUUACUCUGCCGCCAACAACGGCAAGAACAGGGCGAGCAACAGCGGGCCCCAGGGAUGUGCGCCAGGCCACACCUGCAGCCGAGCCGUCUCGCGGUGGUCGGCCGCUGUUUGCCGAUAGCAGCAGCGACGGCAGCACAGCCGUGGCGACCCAGCCGAAAAGGAAGAAGGUUGUGAAGCCUUGGUUCACCAAGGCUCAGGAGACGGUCGACUACAGCAACGUCGAGGCUAUGUAUGUCCGGCACAUCCUGGUCCAGACGGAGGGCCUGGCGAAGACUUGCUUGGAGCAGAUCAGAGAAGGGGUGGACUUCGGAGAGCUCGCCUCGAGCAUCAGCGACUGCCAGGCAACACGGGCAAAAGGGGGAGAGGUUGGGUGGGCGAGCACCCCGCAGGGCCAGCGCGUGGAGCCGAUCGCAACCUCGCCGCCCAAGUCGCCGCAGCUUGCCGUGCCCGCGUCGGCCGCGGCCCGCGUGUUGCCGGCCGGCCUGAGCCAGAACGGCGAGGCGGAGCAGGGGAGCCAGCAGCAGGCGGAGGAGGCGUUGUCUGGCGCGAUGGCGGACGCGGAUGCGGGAAUGGAGGAGAUCCUUCCCCUGGCCGCGCGGACGGCGCUGCUGGACUACAAGCCCGGGGACGUGCUCGUUACUCCCACCGGUCGCGGGUGGCACGUGAUCAAGAUCGAUGACGUCAUGACGAGACUGUCAGCGACGGCGCGCAAGGCGGCCAGCAACCGCCAGGCGGGCGCGGGGCUCACAACCUCGUCCCUUAGGUCCCUCCAAGGGGAGGGAACUCAAGCGUUGUCGUACUUCAUGGAGACGAUGGGGUGCCAGAUGAACGUCGCGGACUCGGAGAGAAUGGAGGGCCAGAUGGCGGAUCUUGGGAUUCAAAAGACCGAGGACAAGACGGAGGCGAGCGUGUUCGUGCUCAACACUUGCUCCAUCCGCGACCACGCGGAGCAGAAGGUGUACUCGUACGUCGGCCCCUACGCCAUCCGCAAGCAGAAGGGCGAGAACAUCGCCAUCGUCGUCGCCGGGUGCGUCGCUCAGCAAGAGGGCGAGAAGCUUCUCCGGAGGGUUCCUGAGAUCGAUCUCGUCAUGGGGCCGCAGUACGCCAACCGGUUGGGAGACCUGCUCGAGGACGUCAUGAACGGGAAUCAGAUCGUUGCGACCGAUCCCUCCCUGAUCAUGGAGGACGUGUCCAAGCCUCGCAGGGGCAGCUCGACGUGCGCAUGGGUCAACAUUAUCUACGGAUGCAACGAGCACUGCACCUACUGUGUCGUGCCCGGCGUGCGUGGAGUCGAGCAGAGCCGACCGAAGGAGUCGAUCCGGCAGGAGAUGGUCGAGCUCGCCGCCGCGGGAUACAGGGAGGUGACUCUGCUGGGCCAGAACGUGGACGCGUACGGGCGAGACAUGAACCCGAGGAACUCGUUCGCCGACCUGCUGCAUUACGUGUCCGAUGUCCCCGGGAUCGAGCGCGUGCGGUUCGUCACGAGCCACCCUCGGUACAUGAGCCUCGACGUCGUGGACGCCGUGGCCAACCUGCCGUCGAUGGCAGAGUGCUUCAUGGUGCCUUUCCAGAGCGGAGACAACGAGGUGUUGAAGAACAUGCGAAGGGGCUACACCAUUACGCGGUACAUGCGCAUCAUCGACCGCAUCAGGGAGCUGUCUCCCGACGCGGCGAUCACCGGGGAUGUGAUCGUCGGCUUCCCCGGUGAGACGGAGGAGCAGUUCCAGCACACGCUCGACCUCAUGGAGCGGGUGAAGUUCGACAACCUCAACACGUUCAGCUACUCGCCACGACCCAACACGGAGGCGGCCCUGUGGGAGAAUCAGGUGCCGGAGGAUGUGAAGGCAGACCGGCUGCAGAGGGUGAUGCGUCUAGGCUGCACGCACGCGCAGGAGAGGAGCGAUCGCUACAUGGGCAGGGUAGAGGAGGUUCUCGUGGAGGAAAGAAACCCCAAGAACGCCGCUCAGGUAAUGGGGCGAACACGUACCAACAGGCCGGUGUUCUUGAAUGGAGACAUCGGAGAGCUCAAGGGGAAGCUCAUCAAGGCAGAAAUCACCGAGUGUCGCCCGUGGAGCUUGACGGGUGUCGCGCAGGGAGAGCCGUACUGAACGAAUUUGUAGCCUUGGAGGUUGUGUAGUACAAGACACGAAAAGCACUUGGGGGUUGUGCAGUAAGUAGGAGACACCUGAAACGCGAACCAGCUGCGGGCGUGCUUGUGCUGGGGUGCGCCCGCGCCUUGCGCUGUUAGGACACACCACCACGUGCCUUCUAGUUCGGAAUUGCUGCUACAUUGGACGCGUUCUUGUUUCGGGCGCGUGUUUUAGUGCGUGCUCUAUUACUUGGCGAAACGCGCCCACGUCCAUGUCUUGAAUAGUAGGUGAAUCUGGUGGAGCUGUAGUCCACGCAGUGAAGUGUGAAAAGCUGGAGGGCUGGGGUGGCAAGUAGCUUCGUGCGCGGCGGGUUCGCAAAUAUGAUGCAGUUCAAAAAGUUUAGAGAAGCCCUGUGUUGUCAGCUGAUUGUUAUCCGACAGUCGAUUAUCUUCCACCAUCACUGCUGUGUAGUCGGAAGAUAUCCCACAAAAUGAGAGUCGGCGCCGGAUCAACAUCUACAAGGAGCAGUAGCGUGUUUUGUCUUGGCAGAUAAUAACGUUCUCGCCCGUUGACCGUAAGAGUACUUGUGUGGCUUCCUCGUCUCAUGGUUCCGUGGGGUUUUACCCCCCGCUCCAACAUACCAAACAUGAUGUUUGAGGAACUGGGAACAUAGUCUAGACUACAUGUCUUUUUGAAACUCCCCGCGGUUUGGUUACUUGUUUCGGCGCCUGCACCACAAGUCUUCUCUUCUCCGCCAACGACCACACAGGGGUGCGGGCAAGCGCCAUGCCCUCUCCUUUCUCCAUGAGAGCAGAAAUGAAAGCCGCUAAACCUACUGUUGAGAAGCACGAUGACCACUAGACUACUAGUCAGCGCUGACUAGUAGUCUAGUGGUCAUCGUGCUUGUCAACAAAAGUCAAUGCCCGUGUCCGAUGUAGCUUUGCAGCCACGAACACGUCCCCACAGGGUUGCCAUCCCUGUGAUCAGCGCUGUCUUGCCCGGAACUAGUCUAGUGGUCAUCGUGCUUCUCAAUAAAAGCCAGUGUCCGAGGUUCGAAUUUCCCCUUGAGCAUAAAUAUCUCUGCGCCCGAUGUAUGAGGAGGAAGAGUCUAAGAGACUUCGCAAAGCAAGCCGAUGUACCUCUUGUACCGAUGCAAUUUCCGGGCAAGACAGCGCUGAUCGCAGGGAUGGCAACCCUGGGGGGACGUGUUCGUGGCUGCAAAGCUCCAUCGGACACGGGCAUUGACUUUUGUUGUAAACCACNAAGUCAGCCGCUGACUAGUAGUCUAGUGGUCAUCGUGCUUCUCAACACCUACUGCUGCACAUAUCAUUACGUGGAAGGGGUACCCUUCACAAGAAAUACUCAUCGGGCAGGGGGGGCGGGCUCUUUGCCUCUCGGAGAUCUGCGUCGGAGAUCGCAAGCGCAGACACGCCGCACCUUGCAGCGGCAACGGCACCUAGUAGUGCACGAGCUCUUGUAGCCGCGUCCGCAGUCUCCAGGGUUCACAGGAUGGUACUCAAGCCGCAGACAGUUCGAAAUUGGAAGCUGUUGACUGGAGUAGCGUCGGCGGCGACGGUAUUCCACACCGUGUUUCGUGUGGACUACGGACCUCACGACCACUGCUUCACGGGGGUCCAACGGUGGUACAACGAAAAGGUGGACGAUUUUUUAGGGAUUGGACCGGCCUCACCAUCGGAGUCCAGCGCGUUUUCUGACCAAGAGACAGGGGGUACCGGGGUGGAGGAAGUUGGGGGGCGAGAUCGACAAGCGGACGAGAGAAGCACUGUCCGGAAAUAACCUAUGAUGCCACGGUGGACAGGCUCCCCAUCAAGGGCGUGCAUUUAGCCCUUUGCAAUUUACUGGUGGAGAUUGAUUCAGGGUGCAGCUCGGGUGCCAGGACGAGCGAAUGCCUGACAGCGCGUGCGACAACACAGGGCCAAGCAAACGUGACAAACGGGGUCGCAACGCUUGGCGGAGUUAUCGUGCACCUGUUGAGGAAGGAAAGGGGCGGGAAGGAUGCGACCAUCAACAACGAGUCGGGGCUGUCUACUGCUACGGCAGACUUGCCGGGCAGGGUAAAUAAAGUGAAUAUCGCGUAUUGAGGACCGUAGCGUCGCAGUGAGAAACGUGUCAAGGCGCGUUGGUUUGCAUUCGGGCAACAGGCACUACUCAAUGCGGCCGCACACGUGCCCAACUGGUGGUCUUUCUCUGACCUCGACCGUGCCUGCACGCCCAGGCGUAAACACCGGGGGAUGCAGUUGGUUCCAAGCUGGCCGGUGCGUUUUGGCGGAGUGCUGUUUCGCGUCGUGGGUUUGACCUACCGCAAAUGGAAAAGGACGCGCACUUCGGUUGGUCACUUCGCCCGGCCCUCUGUUCCGGCGGUACGAGCUCCCGUUGGAAGCAGUCAUGCCUGUCGUAAGCCCUGUACCUUCUAGCCCCC